GUGCGCACGUUUCCGUUUUUCGCCCCACAACUACUUACACAAGUUUAAAACGGUAUUAAAACAUUUUAUAUGUCUUUGCUGCUCACUUGAAGCAACGUGUCAUAUUAAAUCGGGYGGUGCUGUCGACUUCCUUCAUCCAUGGUUUGCGGGAGUCCCGGGCCCCGGCACACCGGCUCCGGCUCCAGCCAUGUCGAGUGCAGCGGCUGGCGGCGGUGACAGAGCGCGAAGCGAACCGGCAGAUGAUGUGCUGGUUGAAGAACAGAGCAGUUCUGCGUCUCUGCCCAGCUCGAUGAACACAUCUUUACCUGCUGGUGUUUCGUUGAACAUGGGGAUGCCCCGGAAGCGUAAGGGCAGCACAGACAACCAGGAUUCUAACUUGGCUUCAAUCAACGAUGGAGAUUUGGAGGAUGACCAGGACAGGUCAGAUGGAGAAGACCAACAUGCCAAAAAAAACUGUUUCAGGGAGCCACACAGCAAAAUUGAGAAAAGACGACGAGAUAAAAUGAACACACUCAUCGACAAGCUCUCAGCCAUGAUACCAACAUGUAACCCCAUGUCUCGUAAACUGGACAAACUCACGGUGCUCCGACUGGCGGUGCAGCACCUGAAGUCUCUCAAAGGUUCAGCGAGCGCCUUUUCRGAAACAAACUACAAACCAUCAUUCCUUCCUGAAGAGGAGCUGAGGCACUUAGUCCUCAGGGCUGCAGAUGGGUUCCUGUUUGUUGUGGACUGUGAUCGAGGGAAAAUAGUGUUUGUCUCUGAGUCCAUCUCGAAGAUAUUAAAUUAUAGCCGGGCGGAGCUGAUUGGACAGAGCCUGUUUGAUUACAUCCACCCUAAGGAUAUGGGGAAGGUGAAGGAGCAGCUGUCAGCUUCUGAAUUACACCCUCGUGAACGGCUAAUAGAUGCUAAAACUGGUGUGCAGGUCCAAGCCGACCUCCCCGUCGGUGCGUCUCGGUUGUGUUCAGGCGCGCGCCGCUCUUUCUUUUAUCGCAUGAAAUACAACAAAAUCCCUGUGAAGGUGGAGGAGAAAGAACCUCAGGCCAACUCCUCUAAAAAGAAAGAGUCACAGAAGUACUGCACAGUCCACUGCACGGGCUACAUGCGCAGCUGGCCCACCAGUCAGAUGGCAUCGGAGGGGAAMGGGGACUCAGACAAGCAGGAGAGCUCCUCCUUCAGCUGCCUGGUGGCGGUGGGACGCGUUCACACCCACUCAGCUCCUCAAGUCAACGGAGAGGUCCGAAUUAAACCCACGGAGUUCAUCACUCGCUACACCAUGGACGGCAAAUUCACUUUUGUUGAUCAAAGAGCAACAACCGUUCUAGGCUAUCUUCCACAAGAAUUGCUUGGGACUUCAUGUUAUGAGUACUUCCAUCAAGAUGACUUAAUACAUUUAGCUGAUAAGCAUCGAAAAGUGCUGCGAAGUCGAGAGAAAAUCGAGACAAACUGCUAUAAAUUCAAAACAAAACACGGCUCUUUUGUCACUCUGCAGAGUCAGUGGUUUAGUUUUGUAAACCCCUGGAACAAAGAAGUCGAGUACAUAGUGUCGACUAACAGAGUUAUAUCGCACGAGAACAGUCGAACAGGACGAUCAGGGAACAAGUCUGAGCAGUCGAGCGAUUCCAAGACUUCAGAAGAUGGAAAGAAGUCUCUUCCGGUCAUCCCAGGCAUCUCCUCUGCAGCUGGAACUCUGAUCUAUCCUGGAAACAUAGGAACACAGAUCGCUAACGAGCUGCUGGAUUUCAACAAGCUCAACUCGUCACCCCCGAGCGGGAACGUCAGUCCCUUCAGUCUGCAACAGGAAAAGUCUCCCCAGACUCCGAAUCAAAWCAACAACAGUGUGCCAAAUGGAGAAACAUCCGACAUGGAGAUUCCUGGGAAGUCCAGCUCAGACAGUGAGCCCCAAGGAGCUUCGUUCUCAGGKGGAGACACACUUCUGGGGGAUAAUCCCCAGCUGGACUUGGAUAGUGUCGUUGGACCAGGCCUCAACAGUCUUAGCAACGACGAAGCAGCCAUGGCGGUGAUCCUGAGCCUGCUGGAGACUGACGCAAACCUGGAUGAAGCUGUAGACUUUGAAGAGAUGCACUGGUCUCUGUAGAAUUCCUUUUGACAGCUGAUGAGAAACAUUUGGGACCUCAGAAUGCUAACUUCAGAAGGCAGCAUUAAGAAAAAAAACCCAUGUUAAAUUAUUUGUUUUUUGUUCAGACAUAAGCUGUCGUGUUUUUAUGAGAUCAGGACUGGUGAUGAUGCGGGACACGGUUGUGCCUCUGAAGCCUUACAACCGUUUGUCUGUCCUGAAACGCUGUUCCUCUCUAAAUGGUUCCGCCUCACAAGGUAGAAGAAUCAACCGACCCAGACUAUGAUGAAGUAGGAUUUAUCUAUUCUACCUUCACCUUUUAUAUAAGAGAAGAAAACUAAACAAGUCUGACUUGAUCAGACAGUUAUAAUAACUUCWCUUGGUACUGUAUGAUUUAAUUUUUAAAAAAUUGUUUGUGAGACCACCCGGCCCAUCUCUGCAACGCCUCAGGAUCGAGUACACAACAGUAAACCACACUUCCGCAACCUCUUACCUUUGACAGUCAAACUCCAUGAUGUUGUCAGAGUUUUUUCUCAUCAGUAUCUGAACACGUUUCACUGUAYCCCACCUGUAAACCUCUUCUGUUGUGCACUGACCCAAACGAGCUGUAACAGUGUGGCGCUCAGGCCGUGUUGUGUCUUAAAAGGGACGGUUUGCGUAGAAAGUCCGUUACGUUAUUGGCUCUGGCUUCGAACGUUUAACCGCACAAGACAUAUUUAGGAGGAAGCUGUUCAAUAACUCCUAUGGAUUUAUGAGCAAAAAUAAGAAGUUCUGAAGAUGAGACUCAAAGUGUGACAGAAGCGGUAGCUCAGGAAGUUUUAUGUUUCCUACUUCCUGUACAUUACUGGUUUGUCUUGUCACGAGUGUCGCCUGCUUGUUGUUACCGUUGCUUUAUAGUUUUGCAGGUAAACCAUUAUUUUAGUGUUUUUUUUUUCUUUGUUUUUAAUGUAUAACGCAAAGACUCGUUUCCGUUUGUUAGAUUUUUUUGUGUUUAUUUAGGUGCGCAUUACAUCAUCGUGUAAUUAGGACAUUGUGCUAUGCAGAACUGUCAUUCCACGAAACCUAAAUUUAAAGUGUUUUAAUUUUUUCUCUGUCAUAGUUUGUGCAUGACUCCUGAAGUUUUAAGAACCUUUUACUGACUUGUKUCGUUUCACUUUGAGUCCCCGUCGUCGUUGAUCUCCGUGUAGUUCUGAAACGCACACUUUAGCUUUUAGACGUGGUGAUGGGAAACAUUACAAUAUCUGUUGGCGAUCCACUGUUUUGUUGUUUUGACUUUUAAAAUGUUACAGAAGCAACAGAAGCAUGUAACUGUGCUCUCACCCCCCCAAAAGUUUUUUACUAAGUUAAACUUUUUAUAAUUUAACGUCAGAUACUAUAUAGAAAUAUGGUGUGUCUCAGUCUGACUUUAAGAAAGUUGAUGUUUUGUCUGUUUAAGCACUUUGUACUCAUCCCCUUCUUUUUAAAUAGUAGAAAACAGAAUAUCCUCCAUAAAGUAAUACUAAAAUAUAAAUGAAUUUAUUGUACAAUUAAGCAAACACAUCAGUCGGUGUUGUUUUAAAAUUUAUUCUAGUUCCUGGGGUCUGAGCAUAUGUGACGUUCACCCUGUAAACUUUGUGUUGUGCACAGAGGGAGUUUAUUGUCAGAAAAUCMGUAUUUUACCCUUGAUAACUUUAAUCCUGAGCAUUACAUGGGGUAUUUUAAGUUUUGUGUUGGUAUGUCGGGCCACGAUUCAGUUGUUUCUUAAGGACUGUUCAGGGGUUUUCAGUAAAAACUCUUGUUUUGGGUUAAAAACAAAUCUGUCGUGAUUCAUGAAGAUUACUGUCUUUAAAUGCUUGAAUUCUGAGGAGCCAGUUGAUGGAACAGCAGAACUCACAGAAACCCUCCUUUGUGUCCGAAGUGCCUUUGGACAUUUCUGCUUGGACACCUGGUGGACCUGUGUGUUCCUUUCUUUUACGGAGGGCUAAAAUGGAUUAACUUGAAGCACUGAUGGCUUACCGUGCUGAUCAUAAAUGAGCCGAAUUUCUGUUCGGAGAUGAAACGGAAGCUGAGCGCGCUUUCUUCACUUCUCACUACCUAUAACCAAACCAGUAGAGCUGUGGAGUCGAACCAGAAAUACAAGCUGGUCUUUUUUUUUCUUUUUCAAAGAGAAAAUUUCUGUUUUUGUACGAUUUUGUUUUUUUUUGUCGUCGUCGUGCUUCUUCUUCCAUCUUUGCACUGUUUUAGCUGUAAUCUCUCCAGAAAGCUAAUAUAUUUCCCGACACAUCAAUGUUUAUAUUUUCCUUUUGUCCUGGUUUGAAAUAAAAAAAAUGUAGUUUUUGCAAAA